AUGUACAUUGCUGGAUCCAGUAAUUGCUCUACCAAGCUCCUCAUCAAAAUAUUAACAGCUGUUAAUGUAAAUGUUAAUGGAGAGUUACAUAAAUCUACAGGGCAUGCCUUCCAGCUCACAAAAGCAAUACGGAAUGGCGACAUAUCAGCGGCUGAUCGUAUUCGUUCCGCAUCUAAUGCUUUAGAAGCAAAGCGCAUUGGUGAUGUCGUGAAGACUAAUUCGUCUUGGGAAACAGAGAAAGUUGAGGUCAUGACAACAAUUAUUGAAGCGAAAUUCAAGCAGGUGAAAUCUUUCAGAGAUACAGUACAAAAGCUUGACCCUAACACAACUGUGGUAGAAGCUACACAGGACGAUUUUUGGGGGAGCGGUUUGGAUGAAGCUGCCACGCUUAAUACACGCCCAAAGGCCUGGCCGGGCUUAAACAAGCUUGGUAAAAUCAUUAAAACUGUCGCUAAAAAACAAUUGAAAAAGCCACGGAGCAACUCUGUACCUACGCAGCCAGCCCGAAAAUCAUCCAGAAACAAGCAGCAGGAGAUCACGACUUUUGUUAGCCAGUUGAAAGAUGGUAAUAACAAACGGUCACGUGACAACCUGACCACUGAUGAUGGAGACUAUAGGUCAGACAUGGACAGUGAUUAA